CAAAGCAUAAUCACAUGCUAAAGAAAGCGACUUGAACAAUACCCACUCUGCGCAUAUACCACACACAUACAUACUCCGCACACCUCAAUUACCACCACCAGUCCCUCAACUCACCAAAGAAGAGAAAAAGAAAUAAAAAACAAUGUUCAAUCCCAACAUCCCCCCUCCCAACCGCGGCCGUCGCCAACAAGAUCCCAUCGUGAUCGCCGACGACGAGGAGGACGAAGAAGUCGAAAGCGACUACCCGGAACAGAUCUACAUCGAAGGAGUCGAAGACGACCAAGACUCAUUAGAUCGCGAUCUCGACGAUGACGAUGACGACGACGACAUGCAAGUAGAGUACUCAUUACAAUCAUCACGGCCUCACUCGGGUAUAAUGGGGUAUACAUACCCAACAACCCCCACCCCCCACCUCGGCCCAACUCUCUACCAAACAACCCUAGAUCAAGAACGCCAAAUACGCACUCGACUCCGCGAAGACCGACACGCCGCGUUAUGCGUCCUCUUAGAUAGGGAAUUACUUACUAUUCAGGCGUUGGCGCAUCAGGAGGUGAGACUAUCCCACCCUCCCCCGGUACCUCCCUCCAACAACACCAAGACUACUAACAUGGACAAUGUCUAAUGUACAGACCCUCCCGCAAACCCGCCGCCGCUUCCUAUCCCGUCUUCU